AGGAGGCGGCUGGAAGGACCGGGACCGUAACGGGGCCCCGGGCCCUCCCUGCCCGCCUCUUCCGGGGCCUGGCGCCGCCGCCACGCUCCCGGAGCCGCUCCCCGGGCUCCAAACCCCGCGGGGGCGCCGCUGGGGUAGGGCCGGGCUCGGCUCCCGGCCGCCUGCCGAGCUCGGCUCAUCACCACCAUCAGUAUCGCAGCUGUUCCAGAAGAUUUCAGCGUGCUCAAUGUGGAUUCGUUCACCAUGCAAGGAGACUCAGAAGGUAUCUAGAAGCCUUUUCCUCGCCAGUGCUUUAUUGACAGCACCCCAUGAAUUUGGGAAGAUACGAGUAUCCAGAAAUGCUGGUGAAUUGCUUCUCUUGGAUCUCUAGGUUCUGGUUCUGCUGACAGAAGGGUGGCAGCUAAAGUUGCUAGUGAAGAGUCAGAUCUCUGCUCCACCAGUGGCUUUCUAUCCUACACUGUGCCUUAAACAUGGAAACUGUAGAAAUGAAUAGCGUAUCCUUGAAACGUCCUCAUUCUGAGGAUGAUGUGGCUAAUGCAGACGAAAUUAAAAGACAGAAGAUCUCAGAGAAGUCUCAGACAGGGAACAACUCUGGGCAGAGCGUUGAGACUGUAAAAGAACAACCUGACAAAUCUCUGCUUGAGGACACGAAAAAUGAAAUAAUCCCCAAUGAGGAAGGUGAGGAGCAAGAAGAUGAGGAACUAGAGGACAGUGAUGAAGAUGGAGAUCCAGAGAGCUUUGCAGACAUGAUGAAGCAUGGACUGACAGAAAGCGAUGUUGGCAUAACUAAAUUUGUUAGCUCUCAUAAAGGGUUUUCUGGAAUCUUAAAAGAGAGAUACUCGGACUUUGUUGUUCAUGAAAUAGGCAAAGAUGGACGUGUGAGCCAUUUAGAUGACUUUUCUGUCCCAGUGGAUGAUGAGGUAAAUUCUGAGGUAAAGGACCCAUCGGAAGAAACAUUUACAGUUUUGUCAGAUGAAGACAAGCAGCGUUUAGAGGAGCUCCAGCUUCUUAAGAAUAAAGAAACUAGUGUUGCCAUCGAGGUAAUUGAAGACAGUAAAGAGAAAAGAACCGUCAUCCAUCAAGCUGUUAAGUCCUUGUUUCCUGGACUGGAGACUAAAACAGAAGAUCGAGAUGGAAAAAAAUACAUCAUUGCCUAUCAUGCUGCUGGGAAAAAAGCACUGGCAAAUCCAAGAAAACACUCUUGGCCAAAAUCUAGGGGAAGCUACUGCCAUUUUGUACUGUACAAGGAGAACAAGGAUACUAUGGAUGCCAUUAACGUCCUAUCAAAAUUUUUAAGAGUGAAGCCAAACAUAUUUUCCUACAUGGGAACUAAAGAUAAAAGGGCUAUAACAGUUCAAGAAAUUGCUGUUCUUAGAAUCACUGCACAAAGACUUGCUCAUCUGAAUAAAUGCCUGAUGAACUUCAAAUUAGGAAAUUUCAGUUACAAGAACCACCCACUGAAAUUAGGAGAGCUGCAAGGGAACCAUUUCACUGUUGUUCUCAGAAAUAUAACAGGGACUGAUGACCAGAUAGAGCAAGCAAUGAACUCUCUCAGGGAAAUUGGAUUCAUUAAUUACUAUGGAAUGCAAAGAUUUGGAACUACAGCUGUUCCUACAUACCAAAUUGGCAGAGCUAUUCUACAGAACAAUUGGAAUGAAGUAAUGGAUUUGAUAUUAAAACCACGACCAGGAGCUGAAAAGGGAUACUUAGUAAAAUGCAGAGAAGAAUGGGCAAAGACUAAAGAUCCAGCAGCAGCCCUCAAGAAACUACCUGUAAAAAGGUGCGUGGAAGGACAGCUUCUACGCGGACUCUUAAAGUAUGGAAUGAAGAACAUAAUCUCUGCAUUUGGCAUAAUACCAAGAAACAAUCGUUUAAUGUAUAUUCAUAGCUACCAGAGUUAUGUCUGGAAUAACAUGGUGAGCAAGAGAAUAGAAGAAUAUGGGCUUAAAGCUGUACCGGGAGAUCUCACGCUUAAAGGAGCCACAGCUGUUCACAUUGAAGAAGAAGAUGUUCAUAACUACACCAUCCAUGACGUUGUGAUGCCCUUGCCUGGAUUUGAUGUUAUUUAUCCAAAGCAUAAAAUUGGUGAGGCCUACAAGGAAAUGCUUGUAGCUGACAACCUUGAUAUCAACAACAUGAGGCAUAAGAUCAGAGAUUAUUCACUUUCUGGCGCAUACAGAAAGAUUAUUAUUCGACCUCAGAAUGUCAAUUGGGAAGUUGUUGCAUACGAUGAUCCCAAAAUCCCAUUAUUUACUACGGAUUUGGAUAAGUUGGAAGGAAAACCAUUACCAGUUCUUCCUACAGAUGGUAAGUUCAGGGCACUGAAGAUGGAGUUCUCCCUUCCCCCAUCCACCUACGCUACUAUGGCGAUUCGAGAAGUUCUGAAGAUGGACACGAGCAUAAAAAACCAGACACAACUGAACACCACCUGGUUACGCUGAAUGGGCUGCUAAAAUGUCUUAGCUUUUAACAUGUAUAAAGUGUUUUCCUAUUUACAUGUUCUGUACAAAUCUUAAAGAUUGCUAGUAAGAGAUUUGUAUUUUUUUAAGUUUUUAUUAGUGCAAGCAUUUAACUUCAGUAGUCAUUUACAAGAUGGUGGUUGUAAUAUAAUUACAGGUUUUAGUGACUGGUGCUUUUAAACGAACGAAUAAAGGCAUUGCUUGAGCUUUAA